AUGUCAGAGCCAUCCACCAAAAAAAGACAGCGGCCGAGACCCUGCGAUGCAUGCGCCAUCCGCCGUGUCAAGUGCGAUAUAGAUUCUUGCACCGGGGGUGUCUGCUCGAAUUGCCUCACUCACAAUGUGCCCUGCACUAACCUCCGCGUGAGACACAAAUCCGGUCCAAAGAAGUAUGCAAGAUCAAACAAACACCCAAAGGUUUCUGAUCAGGGAAGCUCUACUCAGUCUACAUUACCUGCUCAUGUGUGUGCGCUCUCUUUGAGACAAAUCAUUACCUAUCUUGAGAUAUAUCAUUCGAUAUUUUAUGAUAUCUGGCCGGUGGUAUCAAUUCAGAAUACAGUUUCAGUUUUGACACGAUCGAGCUCCUUGGAGAAUGUGGAGCAGGUGUUUCAACUAGCGAAUGUAUCGAACGACUUUCGUAUCACCAUCGCCGAGGACAAUGCCCAAGAGUAUGCUCUCUGUUGCGCAUUGUGCGCUACUAUCGCACAGUAUCACAGUUUCGUCGAAUAUACUCCAGGCAAGAGCGAUCUCGACAAUGCUGGCUUAUAUGCUCAAGAGGCAAGGCGGAUCAUUUAUCAGUACAGACUGAAGAGUACGCCAAACAUUGAUCUCCUUCUGACAUCUUUCUUCCUACAUAAAUUCUAUGCUAUUGCGCCUGGCCAACAGCACAGGGGUCUUAUUUAUCUUCGUGAAGCCGUUUCUCUUGCAGAGGUUCUAAAGAUGCACGAGCCCCAGUCACUGUUUCAUUUGUCACCCUUUGAGGCUCAUAGACAGAAAAAGAUCUACUAUCUGCUUGUGGUCACAGAAAGAUACGUCAGCUUCAAAACUAAUUUGCCAGUCCUUCUUGAACCUUCCAUACCCCUUCCUGAAGCAGACUUCGAAAAAUCUUCGAACUCGUUGUACGGAUUCACCACUCUCUGUGCAAUUUUCAGCGCCACAGAUAAGCAAUUCUACGUUGAACUUCAUACUAAAGUGCUCGAGACAGGCCGCACUCACAACAUGUUCCAGAUUCCAGAGACCAACUUGUUUCAAGACUUCACCUUGAACGGAUCCACAGAGUUAAAAAGACUAUGGCUCCUUGAGAUACAACAGAAGCUCCAGAUUAGAAUCGAUGUGGAUCGAAUUGCAACAAGUGCUCAAAAAGUGAAUGUCAUCGUUUCAAAAGCUUGGCUUCAGUCUUUGGCCUGGUUGAUAGCGUCAGCGAACUUUUUGGUUAGCUCUGACGAGAACCCUGCGGUUGAAUACGAAUGCUUUGAUAUCCGCUUUCCUUUGAAAGUCGCAAAUGAGCUCCUCAGCAGUUUACAGAAUCUCCCCGAUCAUGCGUUCAGGUACAAUGGACCCGAUAUAUCAAUGAAGCUACUGGAGAUAGCAGACUCUCUUUAUAUUCUGAUCAAAAGCUAUGUUGACACAGAAACCAAAGUGCUGGCUUACGAACGAAUGGCUGCUGUAUUCGAUAUGGUGCUAAAGUACAAAGCUGGAUUGGAUUUGCCCCGAGUCCUGUUCACAAAAAUAUCUAAACUCCUUGAAACUUGGAGGGUGAAUGGCUUGCAAGAAACAUUUGACGAUUUGUCACCUGGGUUUCCUUCUUAUGAACCUGCAUUAACAGGCUCAGGCUCACUUGUACGCUGCAAUACAAGAGAGGACAGUGCUUUUUUCAGCAAUUUAUUUUCCGGAUCAAGAGCAAAUUUGCAGCCUAGACAGAGUUCCGGUGUCCGACUGGAUGUUUCUUCAUCGUUGUUCGCAUCUUUGGAAAAAGUAUCAUCUGGACAACUCAAUCCACUGACACAGAAUGAGCUCACGACACCCAUGGGCGUAGCUUCGUUUUUUGUCGGACAGCUGGGGCCUAAUACCCCAUUCUACACACCUGGAGCGCCUUAG